AUGACCGAUCCACACCGAACAAAUCACGACGGCCAGGAAGCCGGCUGCGGUGAUGCAAAAAUGCCCGUGAACGAUUCAUCUGAGCUUACAGAAGAGUCACAAAAAGGGAUGUAUUCUAGCACGGAUAGCUUGCACACCGGACCGCUCAAAUUCCACGGGUAUUUUAUGAUGGAUGAGCCGGAAGAAAAGCAUGGCAGCGCCUCGGCAUCGGGGAAGGGUGCCAAGACAAGUUCACCACUCACCUCUCGCUCUGAGAAGCUAUGUGUACGCCACCAGCGUAUGGCAGACGAGGGCGCCACCGCGCGUCUCCAAAAGUCUAUUGAUACCCUAUCCCUUGCGGAGCAAGAGGCGGUUAACACGGUAUGGUCCCUAUUUUCCUCUUCGCCCCACUCUCGCCGCGCACUCAUCUUGCGUGGUAUUUUGACCAUGUGCUGCUUCAGCCAGCUUUCGCUGCUAUCCUCCGAGCUUGCCAUGGCGAUCCGUAUCGACCCUUUUUCGCUUUUCCCCCGCGAAGUGUCUCUGCGUGUGCUUGGCUAUUUAGACGCAUUUAGCCUUGGGCGCGCAGCUCAAGUGAGCCGCCUCUGGCGAUCGCUUGCGGACAAUGACUUGCUCUGGCGCAAUAUGUGCGAACAGCACAUUGAGCGCAAGUGCGAAAAGUGCGGCUGGGGUCUUCCUUUGCUCAACGAGCGCCGCAGCAAGGGCAAAGAGCUGGAAGGCGGCGCGCGUGCCGACUUGUUCUCCCUCGCACACGACCAAGAGUACAAAGAAGCCGCCGCGUCUUCUGGCGAUGGGAAUUUGCGCCGUAGUGUCACUGCCGCCGCAAAUGCCGCCGCGAUUGAGCGCCGCUCGCGCACUGCCGUGCGCAGCAAUACCGGCUUCCGGCGGAACUCGCCUUUUGACGACGAGCGCGCUUCACCGCGCAAACGCUCGCGCAUGGAUCUGGACGAGGAGUGCAAAUCAGACCAGUGCAGGACACGCCCAUGGAAAGCAGUCUACUGCGAGCGACUUAUCAUUGAGCGCAACUGGCGGCGUGGUCGGUACCAUGUGCAUUCCUUGCGCGGCCACACCGACGGGGUUAUGUGCCUUGGUUUCCGGGAAAAUGUGAGCCAGCUGAACUACCCCGUUUUGGUGACGGGAAGUUAUGACCGGACUGUCCGCAUUUGGAACCUCAAAACAGGCGAAGCGCUGCAGACGCUGGUAGGGCAUGCGCGUGGCGUCCGCUGUCUCCAAUUUGACGACUGUAAACUGAUUACCGGCUCAAUGGACCGCACGCUCAAGAUCUGGAACUGGCGUACUGGCGAGCUUCUUCGCACGCUCGAGGGUCACACGGAAGGGAUUGUCAGCCUCAACUUCAACGACUCGGUCCUUGCGAGCGGCGGUGCGGAUAGCAACAUCCGCAUCUGGAACUUUCACACGGGCGAAUGCUUCCCUUUGCGAGGCCACCGCGACUGGGUGAAUUCUGUGCAGCUCUGGUCCAGUCCUCUAUCCAAAAGCUGCCCGAAAGAGACGCCGCCCAUGUUCUUGUUUUCUGCCUCGGACGACGGCACGAUCCGGCUCUGGGACUUGCAGCGUCGCGGGUGUAUUCUAGUGUACCGUGGCCAUGUCGGUCAAGUGCAGUCGCUCAAGUUAGUCAUGAUGGACUACGCCUCGAUCAACCGACUCAGCCGCGGCACGACCACCAUCCCGAACGAUUUGGACGACAUGGUCGACGAUGAGGACAAUACACUCGCGACUUCCAUGCCGUCCAAGCGCGACGCAUCGAUGGGCGCAAGCUGCAGUGCACAAGUGUCUCUUCCGGCGCAAUUUUAUUGCCAUGCAAGGGACCGCUCGACGAGCCAGGAAGCAUCUACCGGCGAGUCUCGCGCAAUUCCGCCCAUGCUGGCCGUAACGCAGGAGCGGCUGAGCGCUGCAGGAUUGGUGCCCAAACUUGCACCUGAUGCUUCUAUGGACGAUAUCGAGGACGGUGUCUUUGAUUGCAGCUACAACGACGAUCCCGAGCCGUCGCGCCGCACGUCGUGCAAACCAAAACGGCCCGUGCUGGUGUCUGGCUCGUUGGACAAUACGCUGAAGCUGUGGGAUGUGCGCACAGGGCACUGUUUCCGGACCUUGUUUGGGCAUGUAGAAGGCGUAUGGUGCGUCGAUACCGACACGCUCCGUAUCGUUUCCUCUUCCCACGACAGGACAGUGAAGGUGUGGGACCGAGAUACGGCGCAGUGCCAAAACACGUUGGUAGGGCACCGCGCCGCUGUGACGUGCGUUGCGCUUGGCGACGACAAGAUUGUGAGUGGAAGUGACGACGGGGAUUUGCGUGUGUGGAGUUUUGUCCCUAGCCCAUUUUUGCCCGAGAACCAGGAGCAAACGUAG